UCACAGUACACUAACCUUUCAGUGAGCAACAUCACUUCUCUCUCUACACCUCUCUCUCUACACCUCUCUCUCUCUACCAUGCAAAGGCAAUCUCUAGGCUCACCAGUUUCCAAGCUCCAUGGCCAUGGCGCCGGAGCAAAAUCCGAUGAAGUUCCGGCCGACGAUCAAAAGCGCAAGAAGCACUCUCCAUCUUCUUCCUCAAUUUUUAAUUACGACGGACAAGACGACGAUCAAGCCUCUAAAUCUUUCCGAUUCUCAUUUCCGUCGCCGUAUCCUCCGCGGCAGGAGAAGUUCGUUCACGCCAUACCUAUCCUCACCAUUAUCUGCUUCCUCAUCCUUUACUUCUGCUCACACAAUCCUUCGCAGUCAGAUUUGGCUCAGUUUCACGGAUUCAAGCGUCCUGCAGAACAAUUAGAAAUCAAAGCCGAUGGAGACGAACUUAUACUACCGAAGAAAGGCAACAUUCUAGCGAUUCAAAGUUUCCGUAACCUAAAAGAGAUCGAAAAAUCGUACUCUCUCUCUCUUAAAUCUCGCCCUCCGAGGAAACUCGCCGAUUUCUAAACUCAGCAUUUCCGAUUAUCUGACCUUCCGGUAAACUCUCACGAACCUCGUUUUCGCCGUACGGCUUCACUCGCCGGCGCGUGUGCAUCCAUAACUAUUUUUUAAAAAGCUUCUGUACAUCAAAUAAUCCGUCAGAUUAAAUUGUUUUCUAUUCCUUUUUCUUUCGCUUUUACAAAUUAUUCUUUGCCUCUGCAUGCGCCGGCGGCGCUUCUGUAACUUCCGAUGAGAUACUGUUAAUUUAAUAUAAACAAAGAAUGAGUAAAUUAUCAUUAGAUCACAAAGCAGAACCGCCAAUCGACGCGCCGCUUUCUCGCCGGAACUGGAGCGCGUGAAGUGCCGGCGCCGGCUUGGCGGAGAUGAAAAUGGAAUCCAGCUGUGGAGUAUAUAUUUACUGUUAUUUUCGAUUUUCCGAAUCGGACCGUUACGGCAUUGGCCGAAGAGCCAAGACGCCAGCUGGAAAAUGCUGUAGUCGCUGACGGUAUCAGGUUCUUUCUUUCUAGUAUAUUUACUUUUAGGUCCUCCAUCUAUUGCCUAUUUAUUUUUGUGGCACCUGCCUUAUCGUUUAAUUUAGUUUUAGGACCCGAAUGCAAAGAUAUUUACUUCUUGUUGGCC